AUGGCACACGAUCAUUCACCAGCAGCUAGCACCUCAUCGAGCGCUGCUGCGAAGCCAUGGCUCAAAGUGGUGCCGGUUGACAAGCUGGCAUCUUCAUCGCGUCACCACCUUACACUGCGCCAUCCGCUUACACAGGAGUACCACUCGCUUCUCAUCUUUUCGUUCCCACCUCCCACUUCCAAACCAUCUACAAGCAACUCGAGCCCGAGUAUUCCAAGCUCGAGCGUACCAGGCCAUGACACUUACUACUGCAUGGAAGCCACCUGCCCACAUCUAGGUGCCCCUCUGGAGAAUGCCACGAUCGAAGCCAACGACGCCGAGUUCGACGACGAUAUCGAAGAUAUGGUCGUGGUCUGCCCUUGGCACGAAUACGAUUUCAGCUUGAGCACCGGAGAAUCAUCACACGGCAUCUCGGCUUGCGUCUACUCGUGUUCAGUUCGCGACGAAACACUUUACAUCCAAGCGCCAACUCCGUCCAGUCUGGCUGGAGAUCAAGACGGUCAUAAUGCAUCUGCCAAAUGGGAGCUCGUCGAGCUGCGGCCUGUCAGCGAGACUUCCCCUGCUGUAGCAUCGCGCCAAGAUUCUGCUCAGUCGCUGCACCAGCAAGCAGCGCUCUUGUCGCUCUCCUCGGCAGUUAAGGAAACCGGACCAAGGGACUCGGUCCCUUGUGAGAUUUCGCCGUCCAUCAACGGCGAGGAUGGAGAUGCCUCGAUCGUACCGCCUUCGCCCAUCCCAAAGACAUUGGUAGAAUGGGCUGUGCUUAUACUCAAUACGCCGGACCCGGUCAAAAAGGUAGCUUACACUCGUUUGGCUGCCAGGGCAUUCCGAUCGGGCGAAUGCAAGGUGAUCGGCGGAGGCAGGUGGAAUACGAGUGAUGCUGCAGCAGGACGAAGAGAAUGGAUUAUCAAACCACAAGAGACGGCACCCGAGCGGCCACCACGGAUGAAGGAAGAAAUGCGAGUUCGACCGGGUCAAGAAGGCAAGCGUGGUCGGGGUGGUACCGAGAAGAGCCGCAUCGCCAUCUUGCAUUCGCUCGCCAACAUUGAACAGUGGGCAAUCGAUCUGGCGUGGGACAUCAUCGCACGCGCUCCCCAACUGUGCGCUCAGUUCUUUGGCAGUGGCGAUGAUGCGAAUGCAGCCACGCAAAAGAUGCCCUUGCAGUUCUUCAGUGACUUUGUCAAGGUGGCCGAAGACGAGGCCAAGCAUUUCUCGCUGCUGACCAAGCGUCUGGAGGAGAUGGGCAGCUACUUUGGAGCACUGCCCGUCCACCACGGCCUGUGGGAGUCGGCCAUGGAGACGGCACACUCGCUCACAGCCCGGCUCUCGAUCAUCCACCUCGUGCACGAAGCACGUGGCCUCGAUGUCAAUCCCACCACCAUCAAGAAGUUCGAAAAUGCCAGCGAUGCGCAGAGCGUCGAGACGCUCACGGUGAUUCACCUGGAUGAGAUCACGCACGUCUCUGCUGGACAUCGUUGGUUGACGUGGCUCUGCAGCAAUGCACGACCGCCUCUGGAUCCUGUCCAGGUGUUCCGGCGCGAGGUGCGCAAGAACUUCAUCGGUCGACUCAAGGGACCUUUCAAUGCCGAAGAUCGACGAAAAGCUGGAUUGGACAAGGAAUGGUACGAUGACUUGGUGGGUGAGAAGGAGAGCACCUACAGCAUGGGUGUCCGUCGCAACGAAGUGCCUGGCGGUUGA